ACACGACAAUGUCGCAGGUCGUAGCACUCCUUCAACAUGUGGGACCACAGCAAAGAUAACACAUAACCAAUUGGGAAAUACGUUUUCGAAAGAGGAAGACCGUUUUUUCGUCACUGGGGGAAAAAACCAGGUCUUUCACAGUUCAUCUGAGCAGAAAAUGAACAGUUCACUACUGUGGGUGUUUGUCCGUGAUAUCCCUGAGAGGUGUGUUUGAGGAGGAGACUCUGCCCAAAGGAAAACACUUUGAGGGUGUUCUAGUUUGAAGCCUUACAGGACGAGGACAGUAUGUGGACGCCGGCUCUUCAGUUGGCCUUCAUUGGAUUAUACCUUCAGGUAUCAACAUGCCAUCAGUCUUGCAGCAUGCAUGGUCUUGUAGCUAAUUGCGCCUCGAUGAACCAUUAUUGGGUUCCUGUCUUAACUCCCAACAUCACCUGUCUCUACCUUGAGAUGAAUUACAUCAAUGAGAUCAACAGCAGCUCACUCAGAGCCUAUGACCAGCUGCAAGAACUAGAUCUUGGAAUGCAAAAAGUACAGCUCAUCAUAAGGAACAACGCUUUCCUCAGGCAGAGGAAGUUGACAAAGUUGGUCCUCGGAGGGAAUAUUGGCCUCAAGAUUGAGCCCAGGUCAUUUGCAGGACUCUUCAAACUACAAAAGCUGUUUUUGGACUUCUGCACUCUGUCAGAUUCCAUACUGUCUGAAAGCUACCUGCAGCCACUUUUGUCCUUAGAGACACUUGAUCUUUUUGGAAACCAAAUCAAGAGACUGCGACCAGGGCUGUUCUUCUCAAGCCUCAUGAAGUUCACUAAUCUAAAUCUCAAAUUGAAUCAGAUUGACAGAUUAUGUGAAGAAGAUCUAGUCGGUUUCCAGGGGAAGAACUUUGAUUAUCUGAUGUUGGAUUCCAAUAAAUUAUAUCAAACGCACAGCAGAGGCUUUGACUGGGAAAUAUGCGGGAACCCUUUUAGGAGGAUGUCUUUUAAAAAACUUGACUUAUCUGCCAAUGGGUUCAGCGUGAACACAUUAAGACAAUUUUUUAAAGCAAUAAAUGGGACUCGAAUUACUCAUUUGAUCUACUCUGGACACAUUGGCAAAGGUUUCUCAAGUGACAAUCUCCCUGACCCAGACGAAGGCACAUUCGAAGGCCUUAUUAACAGUGACGUUGACACUUUAGAUCUUUCUAAAAACUUUAUAUUUGCUUUACAGAGGGCUGUUUUUGGGCAUUUAAAAUCUGCAAGAAUUAUUGAUGUUUCAAAUAACAAAGUCAACCAGAUUAAUAAAAAUGCCUUCAAUGGCCUUCAAGGACAUUUAAGAAUGCUCAACCUUUCAUACAACCUCUUGGGAGAAAUCUAUUCUCACACGUUCAUCAAUUUGACAGACCUGAGGGUGUUGGAUUUGUCUCACAACCACAUUGGUGCAUUGGGAUACAAAGCGUUCAGUGGUCUCCCCAACCUGCUAGCCUUAUAUCUAACAGGAAACUCGUUGAAAGUCCUGGGUUCCCCUGCGUCAUUACCAAAGUUGAGUUGGCUUCUUUUAGGGGACAAUAAGUUACAUUCAAUUUAUGGCAUCCUUGAUUUGGGCGUGAGCAGCACCUAUGUGGACAUAACAGAAAACAGACUAACAAACUUGGAGGAUUUUUAUUUCAUUUUAGCUCAUUUCCAUCAUCUCCAAAUGUUCUUCUUUGGUGGGAACUUCAUCAAGUGGUGCACAGUCAGUGAGAACAUAACGGCACCUCAUUACAAUAGUUUGCAAGUGCUCGAUCUUCAUGAUAGUUCCCUGCAGGUCAUUUGGGCACAAGGGGAGUGCCUUGACCUUUUUCAUCCUUUUGAGAAUCUGCGUGGUCUAAAUCUAAGUUUCAACUCACUUGCCACACUCCCGCAUGGGGUUUUCAAUCGUCUCAGCUCCAUCAUAGAAAUGGACCUCUCCUCAAAUGCCUUAACCUACCUUCAGUCAGAUGUCUUUCCAGUUAGCCUAAAACGUCUCCACCUCUCAAACAACUUCCUAGCCUCCCCAGACCCUUUGACUUUCCGAUCUGUCGACUUUCUCAACCUGGCAGGAAAUCGGUUCCACUGCGAUUGCAAUCUGGAGAGUUUCCUGGAGUGGCUUAACAUGACGGAUGUAACAUUCUUGAGUCCGAUUGAUGAAUACAGAUGUGAGUUUCCAGCUGCUCUCCGUAACCUUCCUCUGCCAGAUUAUUUCACGAUCAUCGAACCAUGUGAGGAAAGCGAUGAGAAGUACAUCCAAGGUCUUAGAUUUGCUCUCUUCAUCUUCUCUGCUCUCCUCAUCAUCAUCGUCACAUUGAGCAGGAUUGUGUACACCCAUCUCCGUGGAGAGAUAUUCAUCAUCUACAAAAAGGUUGUUGGUAGGAUUAUCCAGGGCCCAAAACCAAUACCAGCUGCUGGUGAGGUAAAGUUUGAUGCCUUCUUCUGCUUCAGCAACAAUGAUUAUGGUUGGGUGGAAGGUGCUUUGCUGAAGAAGCUCGACAACCAGUUUUCAGAGGAGAAUAUCUUACACUGUUGUUUCGAGGACAGAGACUUCCUGCCGGGGGAGGAUCAUCUGUCCAACAUAAGAGACGCCAUCUGGGGUAGCAGGAAGACGGUUUGCAUCGUCUCCAAGGAAUUUCUUAAAGAUGGUUGGUGCCUGGAGGCGUUCACUCUUGCCCAGGGCCGGAUGCUGGAGGAGCUGACAAAUGUCCUCAUCAUGUUGGUGGUAGGGAAGGUGGCUCACUACCAGCUGAUGAAGUACAAUGCCAUCAGAGCUUUCGUCCAGAAGAGAGAGUAUCUCAUCUGGCCAGAGGACCCUCAAGACCUGGAGUGGUUUUAUGAGCGACUCGUCUCACAGAUACUCAAAGACACUAAGGUGAAAACGUUUGCAGAGGACAAAGCCGAGCCAGCACAGCCUGACGUCCAGCCUCAGAAUCAGGAGGAUGUCCAGCUGGACGGCAUUGAAGAAACUGCCAUGUGAACUCUCAUUGUACCAUUCACAAAGAUAACUAUUCUGCUGAAGUGUCGCCAGUAAGAUAUUAUUUAUAUUGCUUAGCAGGAUGAGGAAGAUAUUCUUCUUUUAUUUUGUAUUAAAGGUAGCACACUGUUAAAAAAGAUUUGCUGAUGCCGUUGAUAAUGUAAACAAAGCCAGUUAUGGCCGUGUUCUGAUAAUCGC